AUGACUAACCGCCUCGGUCCCGAUCGUUUUGCCUUCUUGAAUCGCACUGAAAAACCACGAAAUGCUCAGCCUUCGCCCAAUCCGCUCAGCGAGGAUAUCAAAAGGCCAUACUUGGGCUCGCGACUUACGGAUGAUAUGUUCCAUGGGACGCGGGGGCGAACUAAUCACUCAUGCGAUCAACGGGAUCGCGAGUCCCAGGGCUCACCGCACGGUACCCAGAGUAAUCGAUCAGCAAGCCAGUCAGACGUAGAGUCCGCAGAUGCUGUUGUAGAGUCGGGUCCUACUGAGAUGAAGAAGUCUCAUAACGACGCUAUCGAGCAUCCAAUGGAGGCGCCGAAGUCCUCGAGAGUAUCUAGCCCCCCAGGAACAUCUUUGAAUGGCAUUCGACCGUUGAAAAUAAAACUCAAUUCAUCUGGUGGAGAUAUACAGAAGGAGUGCGUGAUCAACAAACCGCGUGGAUUCUAUCACCAUCCCAGCGAAGCUAGAGACAUAUCCCCACCGACGGACACCCCUCCCACAGAUAAUGCCGAAUUGGUCAUUGACGAAGCUGAAGAAUCUGCCGCGGAUUGUUUACAAGUUGAUAUCACUGGCUUGCAUGCAGUUAUUUCUAUUCAUAAUCAACCAAUCCGAUAUCACACGCUAUUCAUUGCACUCUUGCGCUGCAAGGUGCUGGCACUUCCCACCAGAUUCCCGAUUCCUAAAGUCCGUUUCGAACGGAUGCAUACCGCGAGUCGGGACAUCGCCUUACCAAUUGCCCAGCAUUUUGGUCACGAAGGGUUACAAAGACGUUGCUGGUACUGGAUUGGCCGCGCCGAAGCAGGUUUGGAUAACUGGGAGCAGGCGCUUGCUGCAUUUCACGAGGCAGCUAAAUUCUCUGCUGAAGCGGACACCCUAGGGUUGUAUGACGAUGGAGAUCUCGAAGACUGGUCACGGCUUGCAGGCGAUAGGGUUCAAAAAUCAGCAGAAACCAGACGACGAAACUCUCUUGGCUGUAUAGAAAAUCCAGCCGCGGGGAGGGAGGCAAGUCUCAGUGGCUUCGUAUCUGAUCGCGUCAUGGGCUGGUCAAUCGGUAAGGCAUCUCCAAGUGGGAGCAAAUUCACAGAACGCGACAAGGAAUAUAUUCUGUGCACACCAAGAGCAGUGGUAGAGUUCAACGAAGAUGUCCCAGCAUUUCAGGCGCAAUUAGCAGAGAAGAAAGCAUCGUUGAUUGCUAGGAACACUUCGUCUAGUCCGAUACCCUUUGUUAGAGAUAGAGAACCAUAG